AUGAGAAAGAGGUCAACAACCCUUCUCAUUCAACCCUCUUCUCUCGAUUUCCUCUUCAAUACCAAACAAAACUCUGACAGAGAUUUCUUGAUCGACGAUGACUCAUAUCCUUUCAAAGGGGAGAAAGAUCGUGAAAGAGCCAAUGCUCGUAAUGGCGGCAAAGGGAAGACCAAAGACGAUGGAUUGACCCCUGAGCAACGCCGUGAAAGGGAUGCAAAAGCACUCCAAGAAAAGGCUGCAAAGAAGGCAGCACAGGCUGCAGGGAGUGGUGGUGAUGCAGGAGCGGUAUUGUUGCUAAGGCCAUGCGGUGCGUUGCGGGAAGCAAAAGCGAGAAUGGAUCCCGCACCUCGGAACACAACACCGACGGUGCGGGAUAGGAGAGCUUCCAACUUAGGUACUAAAGGGGUUUGUCGUCGAUAA